GAACGUGUUAGGGCCGAGGUUCCCGGGACUUGGAAGAGGACGAGCGUGAACAACCAUGGCGGGGCAACGCAUUUCGGUACUUCGGCUCGAGGGCGUUUCGCAGGAGCAUUUCAUGCAACACCUCUAUCCGCAGAGAAAACCUCUAGUGUUGGAAGGAAUUGAUUUGGGAGCCUGUACAAGCAAAUGGACAGUGGAUUACCUAAGUCAAGUUGGAGGGAAGAAAGAAGUAAAGAUUCAUGUUGCUGCAGUUGCCCAGAUGGACUUCAUUAGUAAGAACUUUGUAUAUAGAACUUUACCUUUUGACAAGUUGGUUCAGAGAGCUGCUGAAGAAAAGCAUAAAGAAUUCUUUAUGUCAGAGAAUGAGAAGUACUACUUACGGUCACUUGGGGAAGACCCUAGAAAGGAUGUUGCAGAUAUCAGAAAGCAGUUUCCUUUACUGGAAGGAGAUAUUAAGUUUCCAAAAUUUUUCAAAGAGGAGCAAUUCUUUUCCAGUGUUUUUCGAAUUAGCUCACCAGGAUUACAACUUUGGACCCACUAUGAUGUAAUGGAUAACUUCUUAAUACAAGUGACAGGAAAAAAGCGUGUUGUACUGUUCAGUCCUCGAGAUGCCCAGUAUUUAUAUUUAUCAGGUACUAAAUCAGAAGUACUAAAUAUAGAUAACCCAGACUUAGCUAAAUAUCCACUGUUUUCCAAGGCUAGAAGGUAUGAAUGUUCCCUUAAAGCUGGAGAUGUAUUAUUCAUUCCUGCUUUAUGGUUCCAUAAUGUAAUUUCUGAAGAGUUUGGAGUGGGAGUGAAUGUCUUUUGGAAACACCUUCCAUCUGAAUGCUAUGAUAAAACAGAUACCUAUGGAAACAAAGAUCCUACAGCAGCAUCAAGAGCUGCACAAAUUUUGGACAGAGCCAUAAAAACAUUGGCUGAAUUACCAGAGGAAUACCAGGACUUUUAUGCACGGCGAAUGGUCUUACACAUUCAAGACAAAGCCUAUAGCAAAAACUUUGAGUAAAUAACAGAGCGAAUGCAAUGAAUAUAAACUUGUAAAUAGAGUUCAGCUCAAAUAUUAGAAAAAUAUACAAGAUAUAAAUUAUUUUUAUAGAUUUUUGGUUAAAAGAGGAAAUAUAAAUCAGUCUCAGAUUUAUAGAUUAAAUAAGUAUCAAGGGAUGUUGUGUGGCUUCUACUUAAUACAGAUUGUUAUGGUUCAAAGAACGUUGUGCUGGGACUACUCUUUAGCUUUUAGGUGCAAAUAAUUAAAAAUUCAAAGUGACUUAAGAAAAUGUAUUGAAUAAUUAUACAUACAGUCUCAUGAUAAUUGGGCUUCACUAUUUCUGAUCCAGUGAUUUAGUAUUGUCAUUAAGAACUUCUGGGUUUUUUCCUCCCUUUUUCAACUGCUGCAUUGGCAUCAUUCUAAGGCUGGUUACCUCGUGGUCAUGGAAUGAUUGCCAGUAGCAGUUGGGGCCGUGUGCACCUUCAUUUAAAUGCAGUGGAGGAGUCAGGCUGGAUUCCAGGGGCCCUCUCAAUACAAGAAAGCUUUCCCAGAGUUUGCCACCAAAUCCUUGGUCUCACUGAUCUAAAGUGGCUUAGACCAGUCCAUUCCCUAGCCAGUCACUGGCAAGAGGUAUGGAAUAACCCCGGGGCCAAUCAGGUCUACUAGAGCUAAGGUACAUGAGGUACAUAUGGGGGCAGAAUGAUUAUUUUUAAAAUAAGAAUUCUGAUAAGGAAAAAUGGUGGGCAACUAACAAAUGUCUACUAUAUUAAUCUUUUGAGCUUUUAAGUACAGAUGCCUGGGUCCUAACUAUAGACUGAUUCAGUGUGUUUCAGGUUUUACCAAAACUGUAUUUGAUAGACAUCAUAGGUUAUUUUGAUGUAUAAUCAGGACUGAGAACAACUGGAUUAGAUGAUAGUAAUUUAGAUUACUAGUUUUGUGAUUCAUUUAAAACAAAUUAAUGAUCCUGGUUUUUCUUGGAACUGAGUAUAACUUAGGCCUGCCCCUUUUUUCAGGUUUUGAAUGUCAGAAAAUACUCAAAUUAGUUUUAAUUUAUACCUAUGGUUAAACUUCACCCUCAUUCAAGUUUUCCCCAUGAAAUGCUUUUCCACUUAUCCCUUAAAGAAAAAAUAUUUAAAAAAAAUAAGUGAGAGAGCCCAAAAAUGUCACCAUUGAAGACAAUGAGCCAUUGUAUGUGGAUCUGUGCCAUUCUUUGUUUUGGACCUUAGUAAUUAUUUGCACUGUAAUUGAAGAUGAAAUAUAUUUCCUAAACACAAA